CGGCUUACAGAUUGCAGUUGUGAAACGCACCACCACCUCCAAUUCCUGUGUUGAAAUCAUGGCUGCCACCAGAUACCGUCGUUUUCUAAAGCUAUGCGAGGAAUGGCCAAAGGACGAAUCAAAGAAAGGGAGAGAUUUAGGAACAUUUCUACGACAAAGAGUCGCUAGUGCUUUCCGAGAAGGCGAGAAUACACAGAUUUCAGAUCCAGAGAAAUGUGAUCAGAUGUAUGAAAGUCUGGCUCGCAUCAACAGUAAUGUGUACAAAGAAAAGUUUCCACGGGCAAAAGAUACAAGUUUCACAGGUGUAACAGUGGAAGAGUGCCGAAUGCUAUUGGCAACAGGAAAUAUGCAGCAGACAGAUGAGGAGAAGAAGGGAUUGUGGAAGACACUAAUGGACCGCUUCUCCUCCAAACCUGAAGAUGGAACCCCUGAGAAAACUGAAAAAUAAUCAUCGUACUGCACAGAUCUUAUUUAUUCUCCUUUGCACUUUUUCAAAUAAAACAAUUAUGGUGUGUAUGUAGAUCUUCGCUUCUAACAGCUGUAGCUCUCAUCAUGUUGAUAGUUGAACAGAAACUUCCAAGAAGUAAAACUGACGGUUUUAUUUGGAGAGCUGUGUUAAAGUUGGAGAAAUGUGACCGAUCAGGAAAAACAAUAUUCAAUUUUACAGAAUAUUCUUUUCAGUUUUGUAGCAUUCUUUUUUGUGAACCCAGAAUGCAAAUAAAUACUUUUUGUAUUUCCCAUACAAACA